AUGUACGACUAUGUACACAUUUGUUUGAGAAUCAAAUCUGUUCAACUUUAUUUUGUAUUUGCUGCAGUAGUUAUUGCAGGGAACGGAUUCCUAAUUCAAAGAAAACAUAUUAAGUCAAGUUUUAACAGAAAUCGUUCUAACGCAAAUGUCAAAAUCUAUGCAAAUCUUGCUGAAGUUACUCAACCGAUUCGCUCAUUGCCGAUUGAAUUCUCAGUUAAAGAUUGGAGUGAUAUUCAUUCUGAUUCACUAACACAACAAUCAAUUAUUGGAAAGAAAAAAUCACUUAACAUUGCUCAAGUCAAUGUUCGUGCACUAUCAUCAUCAAAUACUGAAACAAAAUUUAUUAAAGCAACAAUGAUUGAUGAAACAAGAAAUUUAGUUAAACUUAUUGAUAAAGACAUUAGUAAAGAACCAAUCUUUUUUACUACUCAAUCAGAUCAUAUUGUUUAUGAUACAAUGAGCCUCCUCAAACAAAAUACUAUAUUAAUUUUACAUACUAUACAACAAAUGCAGUUUAUUUAA